CUUCCAGCAACGUCAAUAAUACUCAAGGCUCCGAUAGUCUUAUUUCCAUUCCUCACAGCUUUGGCUUUCACUCCCCAAAGCUUCGCCGUCCUUAAGAUUCGACCCAGCAUGCCCAUCAACCACACCUCGACGCUCCAGUGCUGUUCAAGAUGGGACAGGCGAGCAAUAACGGCCAGGAGAUUCGCCUCAAUCAGGUCCUAGAAGAUCUCGAACGGGGGAAUUUGACGCAACGGGGAGAUGGGCUCAAGCAGCUAAAGGCCAUCUUUGACAGAACAAAUAAAGCAGAUAAUCUCGUUCUCUCUGACAAAGCGUAUCACAAAAUCUACGAAGUUGUCUUCAGAAUUGCCCUCUCCGAGAAACAGUCCUUCCUAGCGUCGAAGCAGAGAACUACGAGAAAUCCCUCCCUCACCCGGCUUACAGCUUGUGCCAACGUUUUUCGCCUGGUUGUCAAAGCAGGGGCACCUAAGUUGAAGUCAAAAACCGUCGAAGCAGUUGUCGAUCAUAUCACACAAACACUCCCUCAAGCCGAUGGCGAGUACUGCGAACCUCUUACUCAGGACUAUUUUAAAGCAUUAUGCAACGUCUUUGAACCCAGAGCAAAUGUUGAACGUCUAAAGGCAACUGUGUGGAGAGAGGUAGUAGAGUUUUGUCUCGAAGGCCUCAACCAAUAUUUGGAUGACGGUGAUCGGGAAGCUUCUGGUCUGCCCCGCAGCUCUUCUGGCAUCGAAUCAAGCCAUCCGUCCGGAUCUCUGGCUAAGUCCGUAGCUCAUGGUCGCGGUCACAGCAAGGCAGGUUCUGUUUCAAGGCAAACUGUCGAAGAUCUCUUGAAGACCUUACUGUCACUUGUUUCUGCCACAAAUGCACCUCUUAUUGAAAGCUCCCAGGAGAUAACAAUGGGAAUUGUACGGCUCCUACAUGCACAGGGCUCUGCAGUAAGUAUGCUGCAUCAGCUAGCCUUCUCCAUUCUCAAUGCAGUUUUGUCUUUUAUUCGCGAAGACCGAAGCUCCCUCUUACAAUCCGUUGCCGAGGAAAUGAUUCCGGUUAUAUCUCGUUUCUGGCAAGGCAAAACUCUGGCUAAGGAUGAGAUGCUAAAUUCUGUAAGAGAUGAAAUGCUGAUUUUUUUGUUUACCGUAAAUCUUCAUUUGGAGCGGAGCGUUAUGGACGCGAAAUCUAUUGAUCUCACUUCGAAACUUGAGGAGCUCCUAGAUGUUAUGAGGACAGAAUAUGCAAGGCGAUCUGAUCGUGAUCCUCUUCACUUGGAGGAUUUAGAUAUGGUUGAUUUCGGCGCCGCGGUAGUCGAUGUAUCACCCUUUCGUCUCCAUGCUUUUCGACUUAGACCCCAUAACACUCGAGCAGAACGUAAUUGGGCCAAUUUGCAGGUCAUAGGGCUCCUUCAGCGGCUCGUGAGACUAGCUGAUGAACGCAAGAGAUUGCCGACUAAUGAGCUUGACGACGAUGACGGCAGACAUCCUCGAAAACGCCAACGAACUACUCAAGAUUCAGAUAGAUUACUUGGCCCUAUCAAGUCGAAGGAUGAGAAAAUGCGGCUAGGUGGAUUGCAAACCUUGCCAUUUGUGCUUCAAGAUUGCGAAUUAGCCGCCCCUGUUCUAGCAGAGCUGCUGAGCCAACUAGCUACUUGUGCGGCCGAAAAAGCCGGCCAGAUUGCAUCUUGGGCGUUGUUGGCUAUUGCAAGCUGCACAAAACAGAAGGCAGCUACCCGGAACGACUCCGUAGACUGGAUCCAGCUCUGGCAUAUUGGUGCCAGAGCCCUAACUUUUUCUGCAACGUGUCGUGCAGCUGCCGUUCAGCUUCACUCGAUGCUUGCAGCGGGACUUGUACAAUACCAAGAAAUUGGUGAAGAUGUCAAUGCGAUGAUCACGGCUGCAGAUGUCAGUGGCCCAGUGGCUUUGUGCGAUUCUGCGCUUUUCCUAAUGAUGCACUUGUUGCAUGUCCAAGUGACAGAGAUACCCGGUGCGAGCCUGGUUGCAUGCCAACAUGUCAUUCGCUGGAUGUUUGCGCGGUGGAAUCCUGCCGACAGAUCUCUUGCUGCACUCUCGACUGUUCAUGUACAGCCUCAUUAUCUCCUUGAUCUCUUGCGAACCACUCUUGGAUUGGAUAGAAUGACUAUGCCUUCAGUCAGUACAACGGCAUGUGGCGCUGUUGCACAAGCCUGGCAGCAGCACCUUAACACCCAGGCCGUUAUACGGUACAUCUUGCUGCUUGAAGAGCUAGAUACAACGAAGUCCACGUGUUCUUGCUUCUCUUGUCCAAAGCAUUCAGAUUCUCAAGAUAUCUUAUACGCCUUGGACACGUCCCAUUUCCUUUCCAACCGCAAACUUAUCUUAGAAUUACUUCUCCCAAAAUUGAGCGACCUCCUCCAAAGUUGGAACAGCUAUGCAGCGGAUCGUUCUUCGUCAGUCUCGGCAGAUACUUAUCGCCGCGCAAUAAACGCUUGCAUUACGAUGCUACUUCUGAUGCCGCAUUUUGCAAGCGCAGGCUUGCCGCAGUUACAAACUUUUGAGGCAGAUAUACAAAGCCUAACACUCCAGCUCAUCCAUUUUCUCCGUGAUUCGGGGCUGGCGUAUCAGGCGCUCAUGGAAACAUUACUUCAAGCUGUACAGCCUUAUUUGACUCCAUGCGACUCAUAUGCCUUUCGACAGCUUCCAGAGAAAGCUCCUCAUCUGCUACAGUUUUUCGUUAUAGUGGCAGAGGAAUUUGACAGGCGUCGACAUAUGCUUAUGAUCUCCCAUAAUGGCGGUGAUGAUGAUCUAAUGGAUCUUGAUGACGAAUUUUCUACUCAGCAGAGUCAGACUAAAGCAGAGGGCCAGCUUUCCAUCAUACCGCGACAAUGUUCGGCGCUGGAAACGAGCCCGGUAGCAUUUUCUCUCGUUAGCACUGAACGUUUGAUGCUACUCGCUACUAUCAAUGAUUCUCCCAACUCCUCGGGAUUUGUACCCUCCACGUUCGUUGAUCGGUUGCUUUCUCUGGAUGCUGAGGAGUUUCUUGCUUGCCGCCAACUGCUACAGGAAAUUAUGGCCUCGGACCUGGUUGUAGAUGCUGCAGAUGCAAUUCGACUUAUCAAUCACAUUGGAGAAAUUCUCUCUUCCAGUGAGUUCAGUCGGUGUGAAAUUGCUCAGAGUCUUUGUCUGGAUGUUUUAGUUGGCUUCGGGGAGCUAUGGUCUACAGAUAGCAAUUUCGCUGAGCCCGCCUCGGAUCUGUAUCAGUGGUUCAUUGAUGUGGCUCUUGAUGGGGACAUUGCUUCACCAGAAGUAAAGAAGGGGAUUGCCAGGUUACUACUAAAAGUACUGCUUCUCCGAAUCGAGCCAAUGAACGGGCCUGGUUCUUCACUCCCCUCCUCUCGAUCAAGUCUGAUCAACGUCCUUCAAAAGGGCAAUGCGUCGGUCAAGUUUUACAUCGGGAAUCAAUUACCAGAGAUCUUUGAGCUUUUUAUACUGAAAGACCAUGAUGCUGUAUUUGUCGAUGUACUCGAGAACCUACCAUCAGACCCUGACUGGAUAGAGGGCAUUUCGUUCCGUCUGUUUGUUCUAGCAAGACUCGCUUCAAAAUGGUCAACUCUGCUACGCCGGUGUAUCUAUCACAUUUUUGAGAUCCCUGGAAAGAUCCCGGACUCAGUCGGGCAUGCUACUAGAUGCCUAGUCAAUAUUUCCUCUGCAUUGAAAGUGGACAGUCCUCGAGAGUUGUUCGCCCUGUUUGCCCCGCAGCUUCUCUAUACGUGGCUCGAAUCCGACAAUAUAGAAGAUAUACCUUAUUCAAUAUUCGGAUUCUCGAGCUUGAAAGACCUGCUAUUGGAUGCACAGCAGGAAGCAGCUGGCCUGAUGAUUAUGCGUGGUCAAGACGUAGCAACUGAAUAUUUGGCCGAAGUACUUGGUGUCUCCAAAGUCGAGCUUCUGCAAAAUUGCUUCGCGAAGGUUAUGGCCUAUACCAUUGCGUACGAUAUCAGCACGCCACCCCCUGACAAGACACAAAGACAUGUCACCGGCGAGGCUCGAGUGAAGAAGUGCCUAAACCAGGAGUCGUUCUUUGAAUGUGUCAAUCUGUAUUUUGUGGACAUUAUUGCUCUUUUUUUCAAUACGAUUGACCAGGGUGACGUGGAGAAGUAUCUGAUGAGGAAGGAAGAAUUGGUAUACGCAGGACAGAUCAUGAAAGAGAUCAAGCUAAUGAACUCGUCUGACGUAGCACUGCCUCCAAAUCAGCAGCCAACGUUCAGAGCCAAAUACCUAAUCCACUGGAUUCAUCAUUUGUGCACCCGGACGCCGUAUGAAAUGCAGGAUUUAUAUACGCCGGCGUUAGUGACUUCGGUCGCCCGAAAACUCCUCAAUACUAUUCACCCAGCUCUGGGAUCUUUACAUGCUUGCUCUGUCCUGAGAAAGCUUCGUAUCCUGAUAUCACUAUCUGGAAAUACGGCGAUCAAUGGAUACCCCUUAGAAAUGCUCCUGCAAUCUGUCUGUGCCUUCAUUACGGACCCUGAAUGUGCAGACGAUGCUAUUGGCAUUGUGAAGUACUUGCUAGUUCGCGGCUCUGACCACCUCUCACAGUCGCCUUCUUUCGUUGCGGGCAUCGCCCUAUCCAUUCUGGGAUCAUUGAGAGUCUUUUUACAAUCCCAAGAAGCUACGCAGGAUACCCAGUACAGAGCGACUAUGUCUAGGGCCCAGAAUUUCCACGCGUGGAUGAAGAACUACGUUUCCGAAUACAGAUCUCCGAAAUUACAAAGUAAAUCGAAAGCAAACUUCCGGGCUUUGGUCCAGUCUGCCUACAACAUCGGGUUGGUCGGUAAUGCUAAUAUAGGCAGCCCCGAAAGUGACCUCCUAUUUCGGCUUCUGCAAGACGAACAGGCAGACGAGAGCUUGUUGAGCCGACCUGCGCGAGAGUUUGCUUUGGAGAUGCUGUGCUCUGACUUCGACUGUCCGACAUCAUUCCGAACAGAUAUCUUUGGAAGCGAUGAACUUGCUAUUGCCAAUGCUGCCGUUGUCUGGAAGUCUUGCAGAGUUGCCUCGGCCAGCAAGCAAUACCUGUCUUGGGCUGGGAGGGUUCUUGGCAGAGCCUUUUCUGCCUCUGGACACAUACAUCAAGAACUUCUUCAGGAAUCUUCACUAUCGCAGAUAAAAGAACUGCCGAUAUCCCCAGAUUCUCAAGAUAGCUCAAGAGCACGUGUGUUAAGCUUGUUGCAGUCGCUAACCUUGAGCCACGAUCAACGGACAAUUGGCCUGGCCGAAUCUGCAUUGCGUGUCAUUGUUACUACGUCUGAUGAUUUGCUUGCACAGACAUGUCGACAUCAACUUUCAGCACAUCUCCUAGCUGCAUCGACAUGGGCGCCUUAUCAGCCACCCCCUUCCGAGACCAAAAUCGACAGAGUCUUUAUCGAGAGUCUCAGCGACCCCUUUACUGUUGAUGCUAUCCAGCGACCAAAUUGGCUACGUGACUUGGCAGUGAUAAUUGCCCAGUUCGUACCAGAUGAACCCGUGCUACUUGCGUUGGUACCGAUUCUGAGAGAGGUAACUGGAUUUGCUGAACGUACCUUCCCCUUCAUUCUCCACCUCGUCCUUUCAACACAGUCUCAAAGUCAGCAGUUUGCUAAGAAGCAACUUUCAACUGCCUUCGCGGCGUGGUUUGGGGCUGCUCAAGCUAUUAACCAAAAUAGCCUAAAAAUGCUAAUAAAUUCUAUCCUCUACCUCCGUACGCAACCUUUACCAAAGGAGAAGUCAUCCGCGGAUAGAUCUCACUGGCUGGAUAUUGACUAUACGAAAGCUGCCAUAGCCGCUACACAUUGCGGAAUGUUCAGGACGGCGCUGCUCUUUACUGAAGAAUUCUAUUCAGAGCCUAUGCUCUCAAAAUCCUCCAGGCGAUCGUCCGCUAUGAGACAUGACACCCCCGAACUCCCAACGGAGCUUUUGCUCACCAUUUUUCAAAAUAUUGAUGACCCAGACCUUUAUUACGGGGUCCCACAAAGUGCCAGCUUAAGUACUAUCCUAGCACGCUUGGAAUACGAGAAGGACGGCCCCAAGAGUCUAGCAUUCCGAGGAGCUCAGUAUGACAGCCAUGUCAGAAGACAUGAUCCAGAGUCGGCACAGGAUGUACAAUCAAUUGUCAAAGCUCUCGAUGCGCUUAGCUUGAGUGGUCUGUCUCACUCCCUUCUUCAGUCGCAGCAAAUUGUGGGCAUGAGCUCUACAUCACUCGAAUCGAUGUUUCUCACAGCCCGAAAGCUUGAGCAGUGGGACAUUCCUGUUCCGAGUACUUCCAACAAUAAUGCAGUCACCAUCUAUAAGGCGUUUCAGGCAAUUCACAAUGCCCCGGAUCAUGCCACAAUUCUCCGAGAGAUUAACCAAGGCUUUGAUUCGACCAUGGCUAGCCUUAUUCGAGAAGAUCUUAGCGCAGGCGCGCUUCACGGUGCCCUGCAGACUCUGACAGCUUUGGUUGAGAUGGAUGAAAUUCUCAGCACCCGAGGCUCUCAAGAAUUUGAAGAACUGACAUCAAGGUUUGAGAGCCGUGCAAACUGGAUGAAAACUGGAAACUUUGAUGAUAUCAGCCAGAUAUUGUCCUGUAGAGGCACCACAUUCAGCACUUUGAGCCAACAACCUCGUCUGCAUAAGAUCAUAGAUGUCAAACCCGUCGAUACUCGGCUGGUUGAGGUACAGACCGCACUGUUGACAUCGACGCUGAACAGGUCUCAUAACGCCCUACAAGAGUCAUUGUCUCUCGCAACCUCCCUCAUAGAUCUCAUUGACCCAUGUCGUCAACUUGGCUUGAACGUUGACGUUGCAGUCCACAUGGAGGCUGCGAACGCUCUAUGGGACCAAGGAGAGAUGACAUCCUCCAUAGGUAUGCUGCAGGCACUGGACAAAGGGCCACCUUUGAAGAAACAGACUAUUCCGGUUGGCCGUUCAGACUUACUUUCCAAAAUUGGAUAUCAAGUUUCUAUUGCUCGCCUCGAGAAACCUGAUCAAAUACUUGAGAAUUACUUGAAGCCUGCUCUUGAGGAACUGAGAGGAAAAAGUGAAGGGGGUGAAGCUGGCCAAGUCUUCCAUCAAUUCGCAGUAUUUUGCGACCAGCAACUCCAAGACGCGGACAGUUUAGAGGAUCUUGAGCGCCUCAAAAAACUGAGAGAUAGGAAAGCAGAUGAAGUCGCCUUCUAUCUGGGGAUGAUUGGCAACGCCAAAUCUUCUACGGAGAGAGCAAAAUAUAAGGCGUAUCAUAGCAAAGCGAAAACCUGGCUAGGGUUGGACGAAGAGGAGCUCCAACGCCACAUCUCAAACCGAGAUGAAUUCUUACGCCAGAGUUUGGAAAAUUACCUCCUAGCAUUAGCCGCCUCAGACAAUCAUGAUAACAACACUCUACGUUUUACAGCAUUAUGGUUGGAACACUCGGAGGCAAGUAUGGCGAACGAGGCGGUUUCGAAAUAUCUGAGUCGAGUACCGAGCCGCAAGUUCGCUCCUUUGAUGAAUCAACUUACAUCUCGACUUCAAGAUACCACGAUUGAUUUUCAGCGGCUCCUCUUCUCGCUUGUCCUGCGCAUCUGUACAGACCAUCCCUUCCAUGGCAUGUAUCAAAUCUACGCUGGCGCCAACAGCCGUCCCAAUUCGAAGGAUGAAGCAGCCAGAUCAAGGCACUCCGCAACUAAUAGACUGUCAAAAGAGUUCGUAAAUGUUCAGAAAGCUUAUCAAGUAUGGAUGUCGAUAGCUACGACUAACAAAGUGUAUUGUCAACUUGCAGCGGAAAAGGACGAUAGGUACAGAGCGAACAAACGAUUCUCCCUCAAAGAAUCACCAGCUUUAAGGACUUUGAGUAGCAUCCUACCAAAGUACCCUAUACCUUCCCCGACAAUGCAGAUUGGGCUUGCUUCGGAUCUCGAUUACACCAAAGUACCCGUGAUGAUAAGGCUUGCACCGGAAUUUUCAAUAGCGUCUGGUGUGAGUGCACCAAAGGUCAUAACUCCUAUCGCUAGUAAUGGAGCGAAGUUCAAACAACUGGUUAAAGGAGGUAAUGAUGACAUGCGUCAAGACGCAAUCAUGGAACAAGUCUUUGAACAAGUCAACGAGCUUCUUAAGACGAAUCGAGCAACACGUCAGCGCAACCUUAAUAUUAGGACAUAUAAGGUCCUGCCACUGACUUCAAUCGCCGGGAUCAUCGAAUUCGUAGCUAACACAAUUCCGCUCCACGAGUAUCUCAUGCCUGCUCAUGAGCGGUUCUACCCUAAAGACCUGAAGGGGAACCAGUGCCGCAAGGAGAUCAGCGAUGUGCAGACUCAGUCUAUCCAAAUCAGGAUCCAAAAGUUCCGCGAUGUGACUGCACGUUUCCAUCCAGUCAUGCGAUAUUUCUUUACAGAAAACUUCGACGACCCCGACGAAUGGUUUGUGAAGAGACUAGCCUACACUAGAAGCACCGCCGCCAUUUCCAUUCUCGGCCACGUCCUGGGUCUCGGCGACCGACACGGCCACAACAUCCUCCUCGACUCCGUCAGCGGCGAAGUCGUCCACAUCGAUCUCGGCGUCGCCUUUGAGAUGGGCCGGGUACUCCCCGUGCCCGAGUUAGUCCCCUUCCGCCUGACCCGCGACAUCGUCGACGGAAUGGGCAUCACCAAGACCGAAGGCGUCUUCCGACGCUGCUGCGAGUUCACGCUCGAAGCCCUACGCAAGGAAGUGUACAGCAUCAUGACGAUCCUCGACGUGCUACGCUACGAUCCGCUAUACAGCUGGUCCAUCUCACCCGUGCGCCUGGCCAAGCUACAACAGGAACAGCAGCCCAGCGCGAGCGAGCCCGGCUCGGGCGUCCCGGAACGGCCUAAGGAACGCGUCAAUGAGCCUGGAGAGGCGGAUCGCGCACUCACGGUCGUGAGUAAGAAACUCUCCAAGACGCUCAGCGUCACAGCCACAGUGAACGAUCUUAUCAACCAAGCGAGCGAUGAGCGGAAUCUAGCUGUUCUGUAUUCAGACAAACACCACGACGACGGUAUCGCGUCCAACCUUCUCAAUAGCGUCCAAGUAGCCCAGCGCAUCGACCUCGUCGAAGCGUCCGUACCGCCUGACGCUGGGACUCGUGCGCCGCGUGCGGAUAUCGCUCGUCUUCUGCAGUUCCAAUCUCCGCUGCUGUCUCCAGCGCUCGAUGAACUCCUCGUCGUCAUCGCUGGCGCUGUCGCCGCUGUCGUCCUUGAGGAACGAGACUGUGCUCGCGCGCUUCUCCGCCAUCGACUGGCUGCCGCUCCGCGCGCCCUUGCCCCGCCAGCUGCCAUUCCGCCGCGCCUCCUCGAAACUGCGCGCGUCCGCGAUGACGCCCUUCACGCCCGUCGUGCGGCCGUGGUCGAAGUCGCGCGGUGGGAGGCGCAAGGUUCCUCCCCCGCUGAGCGUCGGCAUGCGCAUCGUCUCGUCGAUGCGCCGCUGUGUGUACUCGUCGUCUUCGUCGAGGUCGCUGUUCUCUUUGUCGUGCCUGUAGUCGUCGUCGUCGGCGGGAUGGCGAUCGAGGCGUUCGCUCGCGGAGGCUUUCGCGAUGAUGCUGUCGAAUUCUUCUUGUGCGUCGGUUCUGGCCGCCAUGUCUGAGUGGUUGUGAUGACGGUCUUAAAUGUCAAACUGGUCUUUCCUUUUUGUCUCUUUCUUUUCUCGUUUCCCCCUUUUUGUUGGAGGCGCGCGUUGGAAGGCUGAGACUCGUGCAGGAAGGAUUCGCUCGCGAGAUGAGGUUGUCUGAGAAAUUCUCAAUGCUGCGGAGGGAGGGAUUGGGAUUCGUGGUGGUGAGUU